AGGCGGCUCCUGUGUGCUCUGGAGAUCUGGCUGCUAUGGAGGGUGACCCAGAACCUGUCCUCACACGGGACUGUUUAAUCUACAUCUUCAGUUACCUGGAGGCUGAUGAUUUGAGACGGGUUUCUCAAGUGAACGAGGCUUGGAAUGAUGCUGCCGAAACACCCUGGCUGUGGAGAAGGUUAUGCUUGGAGCGCUGGAUUUUCUGCAAUAUCUCCAAUGUGGAUAGUGAAGUAAACUCCUGGAAAAAGUAUUAUUUACAUCGUUCCAAAACAGAGCAGCACAUGGCAUCAGGGCGUAGCACUGCUGACUAUAACUGCACAACUUUCAGGGGUCACAGUGACAGUAUUACUGGCCUGCAGUACCUGAGUAAUCCUGACCAUCAGUUUGAUACUGGGAUUUGUAAAUCAUUGGUUUGCACAGCAUCUAGAGACGGUACACUGCGAGCAUGGAGCGUUCAAGAGGGUAAACAAUUGUGGUCAACUCCAGUGCAAGAAGAGCCAUUGGUGAAAUUAAUAACUGUUCCACAAAAAGACCUUGCUAUCACCGCAGACUCAAAGGGAAAAAUCAAAGUUUGGAAUGGGCAGACUGGAGAGGAGUUGGCUGCAUAUGAUACUUCAUGUACAGUUGGUCAUUUGGUCACCUGCAAAGUGGAUAACCAGCUUUACCUAACUGCUGGCACUAGAAGGGGUGCACUUAUCACACUAACUAUUCCUAAUCUUAGCCAGAUCUCUCACUUGUCAGUGGUGAAGGAUUAUCAAGUAGAUUUUCUACUGGUAUCACCCAAUCAGCAAUGGAUCAUCGCCGGUACAGAAGAAAGUAAUGAUAUCCCUGCUAAGGUAUUGCGAACAGAACUCUUAUCAAACUCUGUUGUUGAUGACAGAUUGUCAACAGAUUCUCUACCACUGAGUAGUUGUUUUAUGGCUUGCUGGUUACCAAAAAAACCAUCCAGAGUAGUUACUGUAACCCAUAGCAAUGGCAUGUCAUCUGAAAUCACUAUUGUUACAUUUGAUAUCAAUCUUCAGAAAACAAAACAGAAACUGGAAAUACAAGCUAAACAGGUUGGAAACUUCAGCUGCAAAACAACUGGCUGGAAUAAUAAUAUACUUGUUGAAGGCCAUGGGAUUAAUACCAUCAUUCUAGUUCACAGCACCGAACUGAAACUGUUUUCCAUUGAUGGCACACACUAUGCCAGCUUUCGUGACCACAAGGAAACAAUCACUGGAAUUUCAGUGGAUCCCUUCCGUGUGGUCACUGCAUCGAUGGAUUUGUCACUUAGAGUAUAUACCUGGAAAAGACAAGCAAAUCAAUGCCUCAAUCUUGAAAGUAAUUACCAUUUGCUGGGGGGUUCUCACCUGAGGUCCAGGGGAUUUAAAAAUGUAUUGUGUGACUAUGUAAGCAUUGUUGGUGCUGUUCAAUCAAAGGAUGGAAAAGACGUUCUAAAAGCAUACAACUUCAAUCUGUAAAGAGUUCUUCCAUCACAAAGACUACCAUAAUCUGUAUAGCAUGAAUGUUAAGUAUUAUUUUGCAAAGUGACUAAACAUUAUGUACAUGUGGCUCAUAAUAUCAUGUUGAUUUUUGAUUUAGCUGUGUAUUGUAUAUUGACUCUGGCAAGUUGAAAAUAAAACUGCAGGUUUGUUUUCAGUGGCUGCCACACUGAAUACACUUUCCCCUGUAAGAUGAUUCCCAAAUAACAUUUUAAUUGCUAAGGGAACGUAUAGAAUAAUGAAAUAAUAUUAAUAGGAUUGUCCAGAAAAGAAGAAACUGCUCACAGCCAAUUCUUUUAGCCAAUCCUUUAUAAUACCCUAGAUAUAAUUUAAAAUAAAAACCUUUUACCCUGUAAGUGGCAAAAAUGUUGGCCAAGAUUUUGGUGUUGAAGUAAUGGCAAGUUUAAUGUGUGCAUCAUUAUUCAUGUGUGAAAUGUCCAGGAACUUUAGUAGUAAAGGCAUACAUUGAGAAUUAAGAGUUGCUACAAUUUGCUGAACAAAUUUUGCCAUUCCAUCAGACCCUUUAAAAUGAUAUUCAACAUAUUUUUCAUAAAAUGCAAUAUUCUCAAUUAAAUUUGGAGAAUGGUAGGGCUGCAAAAUUACCAGUGUACCUAAUUAUUGAAGAUUUGCACUUCUGUAAUGUCAAUGAACCUGUUCGGCCCAUAAAGGAAUUAUGAAUUAUU